AUGGAUUUAAACAACAAAUAUCAAAAUAUGAGUUCAGAUUCAGAUUCCAAAUCAAGUUCUUUGAAUUCAAAAGUCGAACAUGAAGAAUCGGAAUCAAAUUCACCAACUAAAAGCCGCCGAUCGACAAGUUCUACAUCAAAUGAAAUUCCAACUGUAGGAGAUAUAAAAUUAAGAAAUAAACCAUCAGAAAAUGUUGCUUCUGGCCGUUCAGAUGAUCCACCUUUAUUACUAGGAGAGAAAGUGCAAGGUGUGGCUCGAGAUGUCACUUAUUUAUGUCCAUUUAGUGGUCCAGCAAGAGGUUGGUUAUCUGUCACCAACUAUAAAUUAUACUUUAAAAGUUUAGAACGUGAUACUCAGCUAGUAAUUGAAGUACCAUUGGGUGUGGUGAGUAGAGUGGAAAAAGUUGGUGGUCAAUCAAGCCGAGGGGAAAAUUCAUAUGGUAUUGAAUUAUUUUGUAAGGAUAUGAGAAAUUUACGCUUUGGUCAUAAACAAGAGAAUCAUUCAAGACGUAAUGUGUUUGAAAAACUUCAGCAAUAUGCAUUUCCUCUGUCUCAUAGUAUUCCAAUGUUUGCUUUUGAAUAUACUGAAACAUUCCCAGAAAAUGGUUGGAAUGUUUAUGAACCUAUGGCCGAACUCAAAAGAAUGGGUGUGCCAAAUGAUACAUGGCACAUUACUAAGCUCAAUGAUGGUCAUGAUCUUUGCGAGACAUACCCUGCUAUUUUAGCUGUCCCAGCUGGAGCAACAGAUGAAAUAAUAAGAAAUGCAGCAGCUUUCAGAAGUAGAGGUCGAAUACCAGUAUUAAGCUGGUUACAUUCCGAAUCUCAAGCCACUAUAACUAGGGCAUCUCAACCUUUGGUAGGUGUUGGUGGGAAGAGGUGUCGUGAUGAUGAGAGAUAUACUCAACUUAUAAUUGAUGCAAAUGCACAGUCACAUAAACUUUAUAUUAUGGAUGCAAGGCCCAGUGCCAACGCAAUUGCCAACAAGGCUAAAGGAGGUGGUUAUGAACCAGAAGAUGCUUAUCAAAAUGCAGAAUUAAUAUUUCUUGAUAUACAUAAUAUUCACGUAAUGAGGGAAUCUCUGAGAAAACUUAAAGAAAUAUGCUUCCCAAAUAUUGAUGAAACAAAAUGGUUGUCGGGAAUUGAAUCUACAUAUUGGUUAAAACAUAUUAAAUGUAUACUGGCUGGAGCUUGCCGUAUUGUCGAUAAAGUAGAAAAUCAUAAGACUUCAGUUUUAGUUCAUUGCUCUGAUGGAUGGGAUCGUACAGCGCAGUUGACUGCAUUGGCCAUGGUACUUUUAGAUCCAUAUUAUAGAACAAUAAAAGGAUUUGAAGUAUUAAUUGAAAAAGAAUGGCUUAGUUUUGGUCACAAGUUUCAACAUAGAAUUGGCCACGGAGAUGAUCACCAUUCAGAUGCCGAUCGAUCACCUGUUUUUCUACAAUUUGUUGACUGCGUUUGGCAGGUGACAUGCAUGUUCCCAAAUGCGUUUGAAUUCAAUGAGUUAUUUUUAAUAACUAUUAUUGAUCAUUUAUAUUCUUGUAGAUUUGGAACAUUUCUUUUCAACAGUGAAAAAGAGCGCCUACAAAAAGAAGUGAAACAAAAGACUGUUUCACUUUGGUCUUACAUUAACAGUGAUCAAGAUUUAUAUAAAAACCCUUUAUACUGGCCCCAGCAACACGCUCUAGAACCAGUUGCUUCAUUGCGCUACAUUAAAAUGUGGAAAGGACUGUAUUGCCGAUGGAAUCCAAGCAUGAGACCACAAGAACCAAUUCAUCAAAGAACAAGAGAACUUCUACAUAUGAAAAUGCAAUUAAUGAAAAUUUCAGAUGAUUAUCGUCGAGAACUCAGACAUAAAGCAUCUAGAAACACUUCUAGCAACCGUUUAACAUCUCCCAUACACAUUUAA